CCCUUUCCCAAAUCUUGUCAUCUACCAUUUGCUUUGGUGGUGUUAAUGGGGCAUUUUGCUGUCUGCUGUUUUAUUAUGCUGGUUAUAUUUUCAAAUCUCUCUUCUGAUAAAUAUCUUUUGUUCUCGUUUGCUUUAUUGAGAUACAGCGCGGAAUGGGCUCUUCGAGCCAUGCCGCCCAGCAACCCCUGAUUUACCCCUUGCCUGAUCAUGGGACUAUUAACAAUGACCCAUUAACCUACUAACCGGUCGGUCUUUGGACUGUGAGAGGAAAUCGGUGCACCCAGAGGAAACUCACACGACGCACGCCUGCGGACAGGAUGUCGACAUCGCAGAAGCACCGCAACUUCGUGGCUGAGCCCAUGGGCGAGAAGUCGGUGAAGUGCCUGGCGGGGAUCGGCGAGGCCCUCGGCCAGAGGCUGGAAAAUCAGGGAUUUCAGAAGGCGUCUGCGGUGCUGGGCCAAUAUCUGGUCCUGAACAAGGACGAGGGGAUGUUCAAGGAGUGGCUGAGUGACACCUGCCAGGCCAAUUCCAAGCAAAGCAGCGACUGCCACACCUGCUUGCGGGAGUGGAGCGACGCCUUCCUGUAAUCUCGCCCCCUGACCCCCAUCCCUCCCACACCCCCUCCUUCUCAGAGUGAAAUCGGCCCACCCAGCUCAUUUGGUUCGGUCCUUGUGCUCCCUUAACUACUGAAGCCACUAGGAGGGCCGGGCUGUGAACCGGAGAGCACGGGAAGGGUUGCCCUCUUCCCCUGCCACUACUCAUCACACCCUCCUGAGCCAAGACGUUGGAUAUUCUUAGCGUGAGGUUUUUUUUUAAAACCUUCCCCCCUCCCCUCCACUACCCACCCCUGUGCUGAAAAUGAGUAAUCUGCCCUGUGACGGGUCACACAGAGUGAGGCUUUCAUUUCGAUUGUGCCACGAACCAGUUCUCGUUUUCUCUCUCUCUCUGCUUGAAGAUCCAUUCCAGAGGCCACACUGAGUUCUGAACUGCGACUCUCAUUAUUUCAAGCCCGCCAUCCUCCUUCCCGCUCCCAUGACUGCGCUGGGUGUUGAGACUCAACUUCACUGUAGAAAUUGUUCUUAAAUUUUAUAUGAAUAAAUAAGUCUGUGUUGCUCUGGAA